GCUUCCCUUUCUCCUUCCUCUAUCUGGUUAUGGAGGUCUGCUGAAAAGAAACCUUCUUAUAUACAGUCUAUGAUUUAAACGCACCUGCGCUCAAAAAUACGACAGUCCUCCAAUUUAGGAACCAGAAAACGAACCUUAUUUUAAACAGAUAGUUCAAGAUGCCAGUGGCUGUAGGUCCAUAUGGCCAGACCCAGCCCAGCUGUUUUGACCGGGUCAAGAUGGGCUUCAUGAUGGGGUUUGCAGUAGGAAUGGCUGCUGGUGCCAUGUUUGGCACUUUCUCCUGUCUCAGGAUCGGCAUGCGUGGCAGGGAGCUGAUGGGAGGAGUAGGGAAGACCAUGAUGCAGAGCGGGGGUACAUUUGGCACCUUCAUGGCCAUUGGUAUGGGCAUCCGCUGCUGACGAGUAACAACCUCCACACAACUGUAUAGCUAUGGGACUCUUCCAGGAAUUACAACUACAGCUCUCUGUCUGCUCGAUGUCGCCACUCUCUCAACCGACAGCCUAGUUUUGUCAAUAAAAAGUUCGGAUUCGUCA